GUCAUAACUACCAAAAUAUUGCUAUCAGAGUGCAUGAUAUAUCGUCACUCAAUGUCAGUGUUAUCAGAAUUAAUGAUAGCCAGACUGAAUUAAAUUUGGAGCUAGUGUGUCACUCUACGAAACAUGAAUGCCAGAAACAUCAUUGUUGCUUUGGCAACGGCAUCACUUGUCUGCAUAUCUGAACAGUCGCAUUUCAGGGGAGGUGUGAUUAGUUGGAAGCCUGGAUCUUCUCCGAACGAAAUAAUCAUUGACUUCCGGUUUUCGUGGCGGCGAGAUUACAGCAGCGGAUUUUAUUGUGACGACUCGCUCAUUAGCAACGGAACACUUGUAGCAGCAGAAGGGAGUAUAACUUGCUUCUCAAAUUGUCGCAAUGGCUCCCUCGGUUCCGCGGCAGUUGAGUGUACGGAUUACAGUGUCUCAGAGGACUGGACAACCGGCAGACGACAAAUUGUAACCACAAUAAGCCGAUUGAACUCCGCAGCUUUAUUUGAAUUUGGCUUUACAAGUAGUGCAUGGAUUCCACUUGAAAUAGGAGGAGGCGGUGACUGGAAGUUAAAUGUAAAAGCUAAUCUCAAUGUUCGAUCAGACACCGGCAGGAUUAAUUCUUCCCCUACCACCGAUAAUGCGCCAAUUGUCAGAUUACAGCAGAAUUGUCAUCACAAAAUAAAAAUUCCAGUUUCCGACCCUGAUAACGACGAUGUCCGAUGCCGGUGGGCAAGUUCAUCUCCCGAUGAAUGCGGAUCCGCAUGCAAUGGUCUGCGUCCUGCAACAAUAUCUGAGAAAACUUGUGAAAUCUCGUAUUAUGCUAACCAUGGUACGGGCUGGUAUGGCGUCACGGUCCAAAUCGAAGACUUUGAUUCUGUGUAUUCCACAACGCCUCUCAGCAGUAUUCCCGUCCAGUUCCUCGUGUACGUUUACAACUCGACCGAUUCUUGCCACAAAGCUGCGGAGUUUGUUGAUCCAACUCCCGAGAAUGGACUUUGUAUCAAUGUUCCCUAUGGAGAAACCUGGACCUCACAGCUAGUUGCAAGUCUUCCUGGUGGUCAUGGAAGAAUCACCGAAAUUAAAACCACAUCCCCCCUAGGCAUGACAAAAUCCCCUCUGUACCAAACACAGAGUAACGAAUGGGCUGUGAACGUCUCCUGGACUCCCAACAAUGCCAGUGAAAAAACCAACUACUUCAGUUACGUCGCAAGAGACUCUUCUGGAGGCGAAAGUGAAAAGCGUACAAUCACCCUAAUCGCAGGAGCACAGCCACCACAGUUUCUGGAACGCAAUGUAACAGUACCGUACACCACACGAAGAUGGAUCAUGAACCUCGAUAGUCCGGUUGUCAGACCAACAAACAGUUCGUAUAUUCGUCUUUAUAACGAAUACGGCCAACUCAUUGAAACCAUGGAUACAUCUGAUCCGCUUCAAGUACAGUUCCAUUCAUACUCAAUAGAGUUUAAAACCAGAAAUGCGCUGAGCACCAAUAGGGGGUAUUAUUUCCUUUUUGACGAGGGAGCUGUGUUAGGAAUACAUUGCGGAGAACGGUCAAGGGAGGUAACUGACCCUUACUUUUGGCGGAUCCAUUCAUAUUUUACAACUUUUGCACCAUACAACACAACCGAUUGGUACACGAAUACAUUGAGACCUCAAACAAAAGUCCAUGUAACUGCGUCAGGCAAUGGCAUACGCCUGGUAAACGGUCAUUCGCCGUACUCGGGUCGAGUAGAAGUUAUCCAUAACGGCCAGUGGGGGACGGUUUGUGACGACUCGUUUGAUGGAGCCGAGGUUGAGGUGAUCUGUAGAAUGCUAGGACUCCAGUAUGGGCAAGGGUAUGGCGGUCGGCCUUAUUCAGGCGCUUAUUACGGUCAAGGAUCCGGUCCAAUAUGGCUUGACGACCUCAUGUGUGGCGGCAAAGAGAACAACAUAGCUAACUGUCGGUCGGGUGGGUGGGGUAUUGAAAACUGCGCUCAUAGUGAAGAUGCUGGCGUUGAUUGCCAUGCUUUCUACAUCACAUACCCACCAACAACAGUGACACCUUCCAAUAAUGCAACAUCUACUUUUAACUGGUGGCAGACGACAAUGGGUUUGAGACUUCAGGAUGUUAUAACCGUCAGUUGUGAUGAGCGUGGCUGGGAGCUAGAGGUCGACAUGAAUAGACUUCGUCUGAUAUAUCCUGGCGCCAGGGCCUCGGAUAUUUACCUCGGAGAGAACACUUGCACCGGUGUAGAGUCGUGGGGUCGGCUGACGUUCCAGCAAGGCCUAAGGGAGUGCUUAACAUCCGAAACAAUACGAGGAGAUGCGCUGGUUUAUAAGAAUGAGCUAGUGUAUGCCGAUCGGGAUCCGCAAUAUCCGUUCAUAAUAAGGGCCUAUAAUUGGACGGUUGGGGUUGAGUGUGACGUGAGCCGGAACGGAACCUCAUUAGCUCAUAUUCACCACGAUUCCCAAAACACCUCUGGGGUAACUGUGGACGGUGCCAGCCACUAUGGGGUGAAUAUGUCCUUCUACCGGGAUCCCAAUUUUCUGAUACCAAUUUAUGGCAACCCCCUGCAAGUGCCCGUUGGAACCGACGUCUACGUGAAAGUGUUCGUCUCUUCGUCUGAUUGGUCAACCAAAAUGCGAGUACAUUCGUGCUACACUAAGCCGUCUAGAAAUUCACCUAACAACUUGACGUAUUACCUCAUCAAGGACGGAUGCGUGGAGGAUGUGAACACGAGACUUAUUUCACAGUCAACCCACGAGACCCGCUUUGUGUUCCAAGACUUUGAAUACACCGCGAAUCACGAGGGGAUUGACGUCAUGUGUGACGCAACAUUCUGUUCAGCCAGUGACGUAUCUUCAAAAUGCAGACAGAGUUGCCAUCCAUAAUGCAUAUUAACACACUGGCAGUAUUUAAACAAUAUGACACUAACAAUUGUGCGGUUGUUGCCUUUCUGUUUUACCAAGUUGAAGGGGUUAACUUCAACAUGUAUUGACAACCGUUUGUUUUUAUAAAGCGUGUGUAGCGUAGAACGCAUGAAUCCUGUUUGUGUAGCGUAGAACGUAUGAAUCUUGCGUGUGUAGCGUAGAACGUAUGAAUCCUGCGUGUGUAGCGUAGAACGCAUGAAUCCUGCGUGUGUAGCGUAGAACGUAUGAAUCCUACGUGUAUAGCGUAGAACGUAUGAAUCCUGCGUGUGUAGCGUAGAACGCAUGAAUCCUGCGUGUGUAGCGUAGAACGUAUGAAUUCUGGGUGUGUAGCGUAGAACGUAUGAAUUCUGCGUGUGUAGCGUAGAACGUAUGAAUCCUGCGUGUGUAGGUAGCGUAAAACUUAUGAAUCCUGCGUGCCCGAAUGUUACCUUCUUUACAAUUAAAAUAUUUACUGUAAUUUAAACUAAAAAUAACAACACCAAAAAUUAAAAAUAAUGUUAUAGAGAUAAUUUAAUGGCAAGAAUACCGACUAAAAACUUUAAAUCUUUGUGGU